GGCGCCGCGGCUCUCCCCGGCGGGCGUCAUGGACCCUAACAGAAUAUCAGAGGAAUACAUACACUGUUUCAGAACAUAUCUAAGAACCCAUGGAAGCACAGAUCUUCAAGAAACAAAAUUAAUGUCUGAAUCAUGCAAGAACAUGGAACAAGCUAUUCAAGGAGUGAUGCAAAAGGAGGUACAAAGGAUCAUUGCUGGAAGAGAGUCACCAGUAUCAGAAAAGGCUAUAAUGGAAGCACCGUGGUCAGACCCUUCAAAGAAAAACAAACCUGAGAAACAGCCCUUUGCCCAUCUUAUUAUUGAUGAUAAGAACAUUCCAACUGGCACAAGGAAAGUGAACCUUACAUCCUGGCAUCAUAACAAAGGCCAGGCAAACUUAUCGAAUAUGACAUUCAUUGAUGGAAGGCUAAUAGUCAAUCAAGACGGGUUUUACUACGUUUAUGCCAACAUUUGUUUCAGACACCAUGAAACUUCAGGAAACCUAACUAGAAAAGGGCUUCAACUGAUGGUGUACAUAACUAAAGCAAACUUUAAGACAAAGCGUGCUGAUGUUCUUAUGAAGGGAGGAAGCACCAAAUAUUGGUCAGGAAAUUCAGAAUUUCAUUUUUAUUCUGUAAAUGUAGGAGGAUUUUUUAAAUUUAAGUUUGGCGAAGUAAUAGGUAUCCAGGUAUCAAACCCAUCAUUACUGGAUUCAUCUCAAGAAGCAACUUAUUUUGGUGCCUUCAAAGUCACAGAGAUAGAUUGAGUUGUUGCAAGAUUUCAUGUCUCAAUGUAUGUUUUCUAUGGCUUUUUACUUAAAAAAAAAAAGAAAAAGAAAAAAAAGGGUUCUUGACACUUAUAUUUUGGUCAGAGACUACUGGGAGAUGUAACAAAAUCUUUUGGGGCCCAGUUGCUCCUGUGUAACCAUUGGCAAUGUAUUGUUCAUCUGAUCAGGUUUUGACCUUCAGUGACUCUAGUCACUGCAGAUACAUAAGAAGAUAAGAAUUGCCAUUGACUAGGAUGGACCAUAGGUCCAUCUUGCCCAGCAUCCUGUGUCACAGUGGCAGAAUGGAUGCUGAAAGGGUAUCACCAUGUUUUUUUCCUGCUGUUCCUUUCUCACUUGCCACCCUCAGCAUUUAAUAUCUAGGAUGUUCAAAUUUAGAAGCUGUAUCCCUAACUUCCAUGCUCAAUAGUUACAGUGCAAGCAAAUUACACAGCAGGCCUGAGGCUGGUGUGUACCAGUUUAACACCUCUGUAACAUCGUUGACUUCAAUGGAGUUAGGAUGAUAUUACAGCAAAAUCAGAAUCAGGCCUGAUAUUUUUAUGGUUUUGAACUGCUAUUGGCAAAUUCUGCCCCAGCUUUUACACCCCAUGCUACUCUGUUGAUGUCAGUGCAGAUGUAAGAGAGGACAGGAAUUGGCCCAUCAAAUUUGCAAGAGGCUCAGUUCCGCAAGGGAUUCAGCAUUCUGGCCCUGAUCCAGCAAAGCAGUUAACCAUGUGACCAGAAGCAGAUCUUGGAUUUUGAAAAAAAAGAGGUGGGGAAGAAGGGAAUGUGGUGGAGAGCUCACUGGCACCAGGUGUGACUGCCUGCAAUGGAUGGAUCACUGUCUGUGUAGUAGAAAGUCAAAGGGUGGUGUGAUUGCAGCUCCCCCCCGCCCACACAAACACACACUUUCUUCUUGAUCUAUCUCUGUAUGUAACUAGCCCUAUUGAAGGCAAUGGGAUCACUCAGAUGGUUAAUUAAAUAUAUGUUGACUUGCUGGGCUGGAUGAAGGCUAGAGUGUUCAGUGCUUUGGCAGCAUGAGCUUUAGAUUUUAAGUUAAUACCAGUGUGAUGAUCUAAACAGAUACUACGUGUGGACUUUUCAGAAGGGCUGUAUAGGGGUUCUGGGUUUACAGUUAUAGAGAGCUAACUGCAAGUCUAUUUUAGUAGCAUUGCACAUGUGUGUACAAAACCAGAAUUCUGAUAUGUUGAAUCCCUUUGAAGUGUUACAUUAUGCUAGAAUCUGCAAAUACUUCUUUUUA